AUGACUCAGUCUGUGCACGUCAACCCAAAGCUGCCUGGUAAGCACAUUUCACCGAUAUCCACUUUAUUAGACGUUCAGUUCCAGCUGGUAUUUAUCAAGUCAUUAUGUGUUAACAAUGGAUCAUGUCUGGGACUUGAAGAAAUUCAACAGAUUUGAUAACUGUUGUUGUAAUGUUUUCCUGCGGCCUGCAGAUCUGGGCACACCGUUUCUAUUCUCCAGUCAGGAAGAGGCGGAUCAACAGGGCUCUUAUUCGGUCCAAACUCCGUAUGGCUUCCAACUGGACCUGGACUUCCUCAAGUAUGUGGAGGAGAUAGAAAGCGGCCAACACGUCCGCCGGGCACCCGUCAACACUCGCAGGUCAUCCCGGGGGGUCAAAGUCUCCCAGCGGAGCCCGAGUGUGGGGGGACGAGCCAGCGGCUGGACCUCCACAGAGUCCCUCUCCUCACCCGCCAGCGAAGAUGGUCGUGCGCCCCCUCCUCCGCCCCCACGGAAUCGCAUCGGCUCCGCUCCCAGUGAGGGGCAACCCCUGUCCCCGCUAUCUGUCCUUAGCCCCCCCCUCUCUGCUGGCACCAAAGUGCCACCACCACCUCCGCUACGUAACCCCAGGGUAGAGAGGACUCUCCUGGAGACCAGCCUGCGACUGCAGCAGGAGCAGAGCCACCAGCACCAAAAUGUCACCUGUUUCCAACUCUCUGACCCACCAAGGCAAAGCCCCAGGGCUGUCCCUACCCAUGUUACCCCAGCUAGUGCAGCAGCCACAGUAGAUGGCCAGCCCUUGCACCUGUCCUCUGCCACCCCCAGCCCAUCUCAGAGUAGCUUGACCAGACCCAGUCCCCACUCCUCCGGUAGGAGCACCCCAGCCUCUAGCACCGGAAUGGCUUCUCUGCCGCCCAGCCAGUUGCAGACGGUGAGAGAGCAGAUGGCCACUGCCCUGAGGCAACUGAAGGAAAUGGAGGAGCGAGUGAAAGGCGUCCCAGUGCUGGAGAGAGAGGUGGCCAAGCUACGUGCUGAGAAAGACAUGCUCCUUCUGGCACUGCAGGAGAAGAAGACCUUGGCGGCCCAACAACAGGCUACAACAGUAGUGAGCAGUACUACCACCACCACGGUGGACGCAGGCACACAGAGUCCGGAACGUCCUCCUUUUUCCCCCAAGAGUCCCAGAAGUCCCAAGAGUCCCAGCAAAGUAGGGGACCUCAGAAAGCUGACAGAGAAGUUUGAAGGCAAGACAGAGAAAGAAGGAGCACAUUCUGAGAAGGUUCCGGAGAAGGUUGUGGAGAAGAAGUCUGUGGCCGUCGGGGACGACAUGUUGCUGGACGCCGGGGUCUUCUACUACAGCCAAGGUGUCAAGGAUGCCUCAGAGGGCACGCCACAGGUGGACGUCUGUGAGAAAUGUGUGGCCACGGAGGCACCGGCCGUCCGCGAGGAGGGGGUGCAGGUUGGGGUGGUGACAGAGGAGGCCUCAGUUUGGGUGAUGGAAUCCCAGCUGGGGCUGAGCAGUGAGGCCCAGAGGGAGAUCGACACCCUACAGGACACCAUCAAGUUCCAGCAGGAGUCCAUCUUGGCUCUGGAGGGGCGACUUGGCCAGGCUGAUGAGGACCUGGCGGUGCUCAAAGCCCAGGAGCAUGAGAGGAAAUCCAAGGCAACGUCUGAGAAGGGGGUCCUUGCCAAACCAGACUUAGCCCAUGCCCAAGUGGGGACUGAAGCCUCUACAACGUCCACGCCAGCUUCACAGCAUGUCGCAGUCUCCUGUUGUCCUGAGGUGGUUGACGCUUGUGUAGGUGAGGAUUUGAGAGCCGGACAUUACGACCAGAGCACUCAGACUGACUCUGUGAAGAGCCCUGCAGAAGAGGAACCAACCCCAGUAGCACUGGUCAGCACUGAAAGUCAAUGGGAGAAUCUGUACGAAGAGGAGACUAUAGGGCAGAAAGCUCCAAUCACUGCGCUGAAGAAGAGACAGAUGACCAUUGCGGAGUAUAAGGUCACCCCUGGCGAGGAGACGGUCAGUUUAGCCGAAGGAAAGGGAGGGAAAGAGGAGGAAAUGGCGCCCAGGACACCCACAACUCCAACAAUGGUUGAAAGUGAGUGCCACGUGUAUUUAUUUACUGUUAUACAAUAGUUCUUCAUAUAGAAGAUACAUUAUUCCCCCACACUAAUAAAGCAGGUAUAAAAUAAUAUAGAAUUCAAUGUAGUAGCAUAUUGGUUGGGUCACUCACCGAAUCCGUUGUUGCCACAGGUAUGCUGAAAUCCAUCAUGAAGAAGAAGGAUGGGAGUAGUUCCGGGGAAUCACGCAGCAGUGGCAAGAAGAGCUUGCAGUUUGUUGGCAUUCUCAACGGGGGGUAAGUGGUGCUUUGCCAUCAAUUAAUGUGCAAAAAUCAGCACAUAUUACCAUCACACUGAUAGUACACAGGGCAUAUUAGAAGAAAGUUAUGACCAAUGUUAAAGAUAACUAGCUAGACUUGUGCUUCUGUCCAGGUAUGAGUCGACAUCUAGUGAAGAGGAGGAGGAGGAGGAAGAGGAGUGUUCCUCGGGCGGCAGUGAAGUGGAUGAUUGCUCAGACAGUAGUGAUGACGAAGAUGCAGAGGCAGCUCUGGAGGAGACCUCUGAUGAAGAGAGGAACAUUAAUAUGGACGACACCGAUAGUGAUGAUAUGGCCUUAGCAGCAGGGACUGGAGCCACUGAGGACAGUUCAGAUGCAGUGAAAGAGAAGUAUGCUUGAUUACAACUACAGCUCAGAGAACUGUAAUUGUUGGCAGAUAACAAUUUUAAAGGGAUAGUCAACAGAAUUUUCAUAAUUUGUUGAAAGUUUGCUUUCCUUGAAAGAAGUCUGUUGGGAGUAAAAUUGUAAUCUUCUAUUUUGGUUUGUAGCCUUUAGGUGGCCUGCAUUUGCUUAAGUUAGCAUAAAUGCUAAGGGUGUAACGGUAGCAAAUCAGGCCUGAAUUAUCAUAUCAAACCCUACAAUUACCGCAGCCAAAGUUAUUUCGCAACAUUAUCAUCUGUGAAGCUAUGAAUGUGUAUAUUAUUGACAAGGAAUUAUAGCCAAGAUGUUUACAAAAAUGAGUUGAAUAAGUGAUAUAGGAGCCUCAUCUUACAUUGCACAAGUGUUAGUUCCCGGUCGGUCACUACCCAUAGAUAACUUCCACGUCUAAUUGCAGUAAUCCCUUGUCCUAGGUUUGAGCUGAGUGCAAAAAUGCGUGAGGCUUCUCUCAUUCUGAAGAACCACCUGAAUGAUGAUGUCAAAACACUGAAGAGUAAAGAAGUGGUGGGUUUCAGCAUGUCUCUUUAAUUCCUCGGUUUUAUUAUAUCCUGGAAAUCUUGAAUUUCCUUUACAAAAUUAGCUGCUACCUGAUUUUUUGAAACAAAUAACUUGUUUGUUAUUUCCAAUCCACACAUAAUCUCUCAAGUGUUCCCUCUAAGUAUUAAGAGUGGUAUUUUGAAGUUCCAUGACUUGAAGAGGUGGUUGCACGAACAAGUCUCCUUUGUCCAAUUCAUGCCACACUAAAUAUGCCACACUAAAUAUGAUGAUAAACACUUAAGACCUCUGCAUGGUUCUACAAUGUCUUCCUGAUGUUCCAAGUGUUUAUAAUCAUAUUAGUAUGAUAACCUUUAUGUAGCCGUAUUCCAUCAGUGAUCUUAUCCCACAUCCUCCCUCCUUACCCCUUGUUUUGUCCUGUAGCUCUCCAGCACUCACACUGUGCAGCUGGAAUGGUUCCGCAUCUCUAGUGCAAAGAUGGCCCAGCCGCCCCGUGUCUCAGACUACCUGAUGGCCUUCACUGAGGUCUCCUCUGCCCUGCUGGCCCACGUCGUCAACAUGACCGAUGGCAAUGGUAACACGGCCUUGCACUACAGCGUCUCCCACUCCAAUUUCACUGUGGUGGGGCUACUACUGGACACAGGUUAGUUGGAGUGAGGAGUGUUCACUUAUCUCUGGGAAGUUAGGGUCAGGGCAUAUGACCUUAGUGAAGAGAUCAUGUCAUAAUGAAUCUUCAGAAGUUUGGUAUUUAUGGUCACAUUAGUUAUGCCAUUUAUUUAUCGUCAGGAAGUUUCCAUGCCCCGGGGUUUCACCAUGGGGUGGGUGUGCUCUGUGCAGGCAUGUGUUGUGUAAAUAAGCAGAACAAGGCAGGCUACACUGCUAUCAUGCUGGCGGCCCUCUCAGCUGUGAAAGAGGAGGAUGACAUGGUGGUGGUCAGGAAGCUCUUCAGUCAGGGCAACGUCAACGCCAAGGCCAGCCAGGCAAGUCCUUCUCAAAUCACUUCAAAUCCAGUCUAUCCCCUUAGUCAAUGCUGCUUGUGUGUGUUCGCUAACACCAUGCUAACUGGGCUACGUCGUGUUUAGGCUGGCCAGACAGCGCUGAUGCUAGCCGUUAGCCAUGGACGGCAGGAGAUGGUGCGGGCGCUGCUGGACUGCGGGGCUGACGUGAACGUGCAGGAUGACGAGGGCUCCACAGCGCUCAUGUGCGCCAGCGAGCACGGCCGCGCCGAGAUCGUCUCGCUGCUCCUGGACCAGCCGGGCUGUGACAUCUCCAUCGUGGACAAUGUGAGUUCCUUUGCUGUCUGUCUGGCUGUUUACCCUGUACACUCAGUGUGUCUUCACACGCUUCCUCUUUCUUCUACCUCUUUUCCGUUUCACGCUGAACUGAAAGAACUAGGCAGGUCAAAGCAAGUGCUCUGAUAGGCUUUUGCCAUGUUGUUUUAUAUGUCCUAUCUUAACAUCAGUGCUGCAGAUGAAGGAGUGGAGAGCAGGGGAGGAAGUCACUAGAUUAUUGCAAUGCACCCAAGAAGUGAAUAUAAAAACACAUAUUACAUUUAUUUUAUAAAUCCUUGUUUGUUUCUUUUUUUAAUGAACGCACAUUUUUAAGUUAGCAAUAAGACAUAAUAUUUGUAUAAUCUGUACACCAGUGUUUUUCUACAGUAUGACUUUACAGUGGAUUUUUCUCAGACUAUUUUGAACCUCCAGUCCAGACUGAUAUCUAAGAGCACACAUUACAUUUACAUUUAAGUCAUUUAGCAGACGCUCUUAUCCAGAGCGACUUACAAAUUGGUGCAUUGAACUUAGGAUAGCCAGUGGGACAACCACCUUUCUUUUUUUUUCUUUUUUUUGGGGGGGAGAAGGAUUACUGUUAUAUCUGGGGCAAAAUGAGUUAGUCAUGCAGCACAUGGAGUGAGUUUCAGUAGGACACAGCUAGACUGAGAGGGGCUGGGAAAGUAUUUAGGAAGAUGUUUUUUUCAACCCUGUGACAAUUGGAUACAGCUAAUUCUUCAGGACUGUGAGGCAGACAGAAAUGUGGGUUAACCCUUUGCUGGUUUGAAGACCUAGAUCAGGGGUGGGCAACCUUAAGGGCCACUGUGGGUGCAGGGUUUUAUUUCAGCCAACUUGGAACAAAUCCGAUUAAUCUACCCGAUUAAUCCAAUCAAAAUGUUGAUAAGCUACGAUUAGUCGGUGUGUUGCUUGGCUGCCUGGAAGAAAAGCCUGUACCCACACCGGCCCUCGCAGUGUAAGAUAGCCCACCCCUCACCUUGACUGUAUACAGUAAAGACACAGUUCUAUAUUGCAUGAAUUGCAUAUAGCUUCUUAUUCUUUCUAAACUGUGUGAUGAGGCUGUGAAUGGGCAGGAAUCUUAUCUGUGUCCCGCCUCAGAGGGUUUAUAGCAAAGCCUGCUGUCCCUUUUGUCUUCCUCCCUCUCUAGGAUGGCAGUAAUGCUCUUUCCAUCGCCCUGGAGGCCUCUCACAAUGACACAGCUGUGCUGCUCUACGCCCACAUGAACUACGCCAAAGCCCAGGCAGCUGUGAGUUCCCCAAACUCUGGUCUUGAGGCCGAGGGGCCUGCCUGGUUUUAUAUGACAAACAGCCAGUUGGCCUUGAAUCCAGUAUAGGUCACACUCACAACAUAUCCGUAUCAUGCGCAAUUUCACUUCUAUUUGAAGUGGGUAAUAUUAGCGCCUCGGCUACACUCCAAUGUUUAGUUUGGGUGUGGUAUGUUGGCUGCUAGUUGAAAGAUCAUGUCUUGGCAUGUGUAGCGGUAGUGACCCCUAGAGCAUAUUCUUUACAGCUAUAUGUAUUUUUACUGUAUAUUGUAAUUUUUGCCCUGUUUUACUACUAUCACUCUGACAACAUUGGUAUAUUUAUUUCAGGGGACGAACAAGUCUCGAAGCCCCACUAGUCCUCAAAAGACAUGGCCUGCUGCGGAGUGAUGGGCCACCAAGAUGGAAAAACAAACAUAACUGGACAUAAGCGUUGAAAAAGCUGUAUUUAUAUCAUGGCAUACGUUAUUCAUUUGUAUUGUUAAUAUAAGAUUGUUAUUUUUCCAUAAAUGUCGUUAUUAUAUACGAUACUAAUCUGCAUUUGCAAAAUGUUUGACUAAGUCGAGGUCUGCAGCAUCUAUUUUUCUAUGAUACAGUAAAGCAGACCUCACAUUUAUUUGCACUCAUUUUCUGUGUUUAGUUUGAGUUCCCCUCCCCCUUUAACUGCCUUCUCAAUCUUCAUGCCAACAUAGUUCAAGUCUGCACUAACUGUCUAUGCCUUGUAUAUUUAUGUAAUGAUUUUCAUGUAAAAAAAUAAACAUAUAUUUACAUAACAUGUGACACUGUUACAUUUUGUACUAAGCAGAUAU